GAAGUUGGAGAACCCUGGUGAAUUACCUACAAACAUUAAAGGAGGAGUGUGUAAAAGUAGGAGGAAUAUAAAAUCAAGAAGAAAAACAAAGUUCUAAACUAAAAAAAGCUCUCUUUCUCAUAACAAGCAACCAUCAAAUUAAGUCUUAUAGCUGAAAUUUCAUUCUCAUAAAAAAGUUAGCUUUAUUUCUGGUCCAUAAUUCAACCUUCUCUCCUCACUCACCUUUUCUUCUCUCUUCCAUGGCUAAUGAGAAUCAUGAUCCUUUCCAUCAUGAUGAACUCAAUCACUCUAACUUUUCAUUUUCUCAAAACUUUCAAGGAUUUGAUCCUUCUUCUCAUAGUACAAGUUUCAGUGACUACUUACAUGGUUCCAUGGACUAUAACACCCUAUCAAAAGCCUUUGACUUGUCUUGUUCUUCAUCUGAAGUGAUUUCUUCCAUUGAUGACAACAACACAAAGAAAUCUAGUGCAGGAGAUUUAUCAUCACUAGUAGGGAUUAGUGAGACACCAAAAUCUUCAGAAUCAUCCUCAUCUAAUGAAGCUGUGAUAGAAGAAGACUCAACCAACAAGAAAGAUAAGCAGCCAAAAUUAGGGUGUGAAGAUGGAGAUGAUGAAAAGUCUAAGAAAGAGAACAAGGCUAAAAAGAAAGAGAAAAAGGUAAAAGAGCCAAGGUUUGCAUUCUUGACUAAAAGUGAGAUUGAUCACCUUGAAGAUGGAUAUAGAUGGAGAAAAUAUGGACAGAAAGCAGUCAAGAAUAGUCCGUACCCAAGGAGCUAUUAUAGAUGCACAAGUCAGAAGUGCAUUGUGAAGAAAAGGGUGGAGAGAUCAUACCAAGAUCCAUCAAUUGUGAUGACAACAUAUGAAGGACAACACAACCAUCACUGUCCAGCAACACUUAGGGGUAAUGCUUCCUCCAUGUUGUUGUCAUCAUCACCAUCUCUUUUUGCUUCCAGUACUUCAAUGGGAUUGGAGCAAAGAUUACACCAAGAUUUCUUUUCUCAGUUUCUUCCAACUUAUAGCCAAAGUGAUCAACAAAUUUUCCACCAAAAUCUUCCACAACCUCAUCAGCAACAGCAACAACAACAACACCAGCAGCAGUUUCAACUUCGUCGUGACUAUGGUUUGUUGCAAGACUUACUACCAUCAUCAUUUCCUGGAAAACAAGAGCCUUGAACUUAUAUACUAAAGUAAUAAAGUUUCCCAUUUUAAUCUGUAGUAUAUCCAUAAAUUAAGUUUCUAUAUAGUAAGUAGUAGCUUCCCUUAACUUGGUCUGUAUACCUAGAUUUGUAUGCAUGAUGCACUUGGAUCUUAAUUUCUCAACCAUAUAUAUAGCUUGGUGAAUUUGGUGAAAAAUUUCAAUGUUUUUCCAUUUGAUCAGUCUAUAUUUAGUUUCAAAGUUGUAAAUGUGAGGGGAGAAUUAGCAUACUAUGUUGAUAUUUUGCAGGGAAAUAUAUUGAUAGGACUUGCUGGUUUCAUUUCAUGAAUCAUUAUUUUACUAGUUUAGAAGGUGGUAUGUAUAUAUGAGGUGCAACUUUGCAAGAGUAUGAAACUAAAAAGGGACGAAAUCAACUAA